CAGUUCUGAUGAGGAGAAGUUGGUGAUAGAGUGUAGUGGCGGGUGUGGCGUGUUUUCACGGGUAAAUACUUGUCCGAAAUGCUUGAACUAUCAAGAUUUUGGGCUUUCAUUUGUGUUCUUCUGGUUUCAAGAGGAGUAUACAGUUAUGUUGAGGCCCUCUCAGGCACGGUGGACUUGCCGGCCACGCACUUCGAACCCCAGAUUGCGAUGUACUGCGGGGCGGAUAAGCAGCAGGUGUAUCACACUCAAUACAUGACCGAAACCGGCCACUGGGUCACCGACAUGAACAACAAGGCCAAGUGUCUCAAAGACAAAGUAGAGAUUCUGGAUUAUUGCAAGAAGGUAUAUCCGAAACGCGAUAUCACCAAUAUCGUAGAGGCGAGUCACUACCAGAAGGUGUCCAACUGGUGCAAAGUGGGCCACAAGAAAUGCAAGGGCUCGCACUCGGAGUGGGUGAAGCCGUACCGCUGCCUGGAGGGCCCUUUUCAGAGCGACGCGUUGCUGGUCCCAGAGAACUGUCUGUUCGACCACAUCCAUAAUCAGACCAAGUGUUGGCAGUUUGACCGCUGGAAUGUGACGGCUGCGCAGUCUUGUCUGGACCGUGACCUCUCCUUACGCAGCUUCGCCAUGUUGCUCCCUUGUGGUAUCUCCCUCUUCUCGGGCGUCGAAUUUGUCUGCUGUCCCAAGCACUUCAAGGACAACAUUAAACCAAAGAAACCGAUCGACUUGACAACGCUGAAAGGAAAAGAGCAAGAGAUAUUUGAUCAGGAAGUGGCUGCAGAUGAUGAUGAGGAAGAUGAUGAUGACGAUGAUGAUGAAGACAAUGAAACUGAGGAUGGUGUUGAGGAAGACGAAGAAGAGGAUGAUGACUAUGUUGAAGAAGACGCGAGCAGCAGUACAGCUGGCACUUUGCCCACACCUAGCCCAACCCCUGCUCCUGCUCGGCACCUCCAGCCUGCCUCAUCUGCUCCUGUGACUCAGGUUCCCACCCCUGACCCCUACUUCACACACUUCGACCCACGGCUUGAACACCAGGCAUACAAAGAUGCCCAGCAGCGCCUUGAGGAGAUGCAUCGUGAAAAGGUCACCAAGGUGAUGAAGGACUGGUCAGACCUGGAGGAGCGAUACCAAGACAUGAGGACAAAUGACCCUAAGGGAGCAGAUGAAUUCAAGAAACGCAUGACCCAGCGAUUCCAGAAGACAGUGCAGGCACUGGAGGAGGAAGGUGAUGCAGAAAAGCACCAGCUGGUGGCGAUGCAUCAGCAGCGUGUUAUGGCGCAUAUAAAUGAACGCAAGAAGGAAGCCAUGGGUUGCUACACCCAAGCACUCAGUGACAACCCCCCAAAUACUCACCGGGUACAGAAAUGUCUACAGAAGCUGCUACGAGCACUACACAAGGACCGCCACCACACCAUCUCACACUACCGCCAUCUGCUUGCUUCAAGCUUUGAACAGGCUGAACGAGAGAAGGCUCUUACUCUGGAACAUCUCACAGACAUUGAUAAGAUGGUGAAUCAGUCACUGCAGAUGCUAGAAAGGUUCCCUGAUCUUAGGUCCAAGAUUGGUGAACUGAUGGAGGACUAUAUCCAGGCCCUGCGCAGCAAGGAUGAGACACCAGGCUCUCUGCUUGCCAUGACAAGGGACGCUGAAGCAGCCAUCUUGGAGAAGUACCGCGCUGAUGUGGCAGCUAAGCAGGAAGAAAAAGAGCGCCAACGUGAGCUGGAGAAACAGCGCAAAGAGCAGCGUAAGAAGGAGCGCGUUGAGUUGCGUGAGGAAAAGCAUCGUGUGGAGGCCAAGCUGAAUGGUCGUGACAAGUUUGAUCCUGAAACCAUGGAGGAUGAACACAUGGAUGAGUCAGCCAACACCGUAUCAGCUUCCUCCCUUGCUCCUGAUGUUGCCCAGCCACACAGAGAAGAAGUGGCCCACGUUGCCCAUGCACAGGCUCAUGACGUUAGCCACAGUGAACCCACUUACUCAGUGCGUCGAGAGGUGUACCACCGGGAAAGCAAGAGCAUCUAUUUCACACUGGCAUUUGCUGGAAUAGCUUUGAUGGCUGCCGUGAUUGUUGGUGUUGCUGUACUCAGGAGGAGGAAUGCCCGUUCACCUCAGAAUCAGGGUUUUGUGGAAGUGGACCAGGCAGCCACCCCAGAAGAACGGCAUGUGGCCAAUAUGCAGAUUAAUGGUUACGAGAAUCCCACUUACAAAUACUUUGAAGUGAAGGAGUAAUUGCCAGGUGUUGGAUAUCAUUCCUUCCAUGUUUUAGCAGCUAGCCACAACAUCUAGGAGUUGACUGUAAGGUUAAGAUCAGUCAUACAUAAAACUUAUAAAAAAUAUGGUAGUGACUGUCGUUUUUAUCGUAAUUUCUUUUGUAUCCGGAUGUUAAUACUCCGUCUGUCAGUUUGUGGCUCCUCCUUUAGUUUGUAUACAAGUACAUUGUGUGCUUUAACAUUAAUCAUGUAUUGAUAAUGCAGCGGAAAGUGUUUCUAAUAGCUAACAGUUGAGUUGGUAACAGUCAGCGAGAGUCUUGUGUUAAUGUAGUUGGCGUUUUAAUUUGGCUGCACCAGCCAUUCUUGUUGUACAGUGUAUAAACAGCAGGAUGCUUUCAUCAGUUAGGUAACAGUACUAUCUUCUGGGGAUGUAACGCCACACAGUCUGUUGACACAGGCUACAGGGCGUCAUAUACUAGAAGACAGCACUCUUCAUAACCACCAAUGUGAGAGCUCAGAUCCUACAGUUUUGAAGAUGAAGAAGAAGAACAAGAAGAAGAAGAAAAGCAAAAGUCCUUGAGCUAGAUAAUAAUCUCAUUCUGUUUACCAUUCCAAACCUUUUAUUAAUAAUUUUCACCAUUCUUGAUGCCUUUUUUGUUGUUGUUGUAGUUUUACACUGCAUUAUUUAUAAUGCAAAACAAAUAUAUGUGAGAUAAUAUCGAAAAAGGAUUAUUUUGGAAUGAUAGGUCUUGUGGCAAUACAGAAUGAAGCUCCCUCCAGCCAUAGUAUUUUAAUUUUUCUAAUUGUAUUACUGUUAGUAUAUACAUAGUGUGGUGUGUGGUCGGGUGCAAGUUGUAUAUCAGGAAAAUGGCUUUUUUGUACAGAACUUGGGUUACUUCUAGAUGCUUCAUUGAGCACAAGUAUUUAGUUAAAUGUUCCAACAGCAGCUGUAGUACAUAUUUUGAUGGUAACUAAAAAAAACAUAUAGACGUUGGAUAUGAUGUAUCCUCUUUAUUUAUUCCUUAACUUUAAUAAAAACAUGUUUCGUGUUCCAUAAAAUGUUCAUUAAACUGGGGGUUAGUGUAUCAUCACUUUUUUUAAUACAAGAAAUUAAAUAUUGCUCUAUUCCCUAUUGUAAAAAUGAUACUCACAUUAUCAACUUGUAACAGUAAUGUAACCCUGCAUGUUUAUUUUAAAAUAUAACAAUAAUUAUUCAUGGUGUGUGAAAAAAGUAGAAAUAUAUAAAAAGGGCAUUUUUUUCUAGAAGUGAAGCUUGCUGUAUGUCAUGAAAAUUUCGCACUGGAUAAUGUGUACAGGGCAGAAACUUAUAUCAAACAGAAGUGUCUUGUAAUCUGUGUUUCAUGUAGUCCAGUCUUUUGAUGGCUUUAUAAAACAGAAUAUGUGUAUGUAAGCAAUGGCUGGCAAACUGAUGGGUGAGUAAGAGUUCACACAUAUGCUUCUCCUGAGAAGCAGACAUCUCAAUGCUUUUUGGAUCUCACAGACACUUAAUCUCAUUUCAAACAACUAUAAUUAUACUUCAGUGUUAACUAUAUUGUAAGUAUGCAAAAAAUAAAAUAUAAUCUUUGCAUUUAAAAAUGUAAAUGGUUCUCAGAUAAAUAUAUUUUAAUUUUAACAUGAUUUAAUAAUAGAUGUUUCUUUCUGCAGGGGCCGAUAGAAGCUUGUGAUAACUCUUUUGCACUUUUGACUCACUGUUGUGCCAUAUUUUCAUGUGUUGAUUAAACUGAUAUACCUCUUGGGCAUUUUCCAUUAUUUGUUCAUGUUUAAAAAGCAUUAUGUUUCAGGAUCUGGCUUUGUUUUCAUCAGGUAAAAGUAUGGAAUUUCCUCUGUCAGGUCUGUUUGAUGGAGCUGAUCUGUGUCUAAGCCUGGGGGUAGGGUCAGUUCAAUCUGAUUUUACCUGAUGAUGGAAAUACAGCCGGUUUCUGAAACUUUGUGUUCAUUUAACCAAAAAUAAGAUGAAGAGCUUAGUCUUCUCAUAUAUAAUGCCAUGUGACCCGCUGGAAGUAGAGCGACACCUUGGAGGAACUUCACCCCCAUCUUCAGGAUCAAAGAAUAAACCAAGCAAGAAACCAGUGUGAGGCAGAAUUUUAGAUCUUGGUAGCUGUUUUGUAUUUGGUUUAUUUACUGGCCCUGAAUAUGGAGACAACACAUUCCUCCAAAACAGCGAUUGUGCAGGACUGCACAAUUUUACAUCCUAGGAGACAGGACUCUUCAUAACCACAACUGUGAGAACCUCAGAUACUGCAGAAAUGAGAUAAUGGAAAAUGUUCAACAUGCAUCAGUUUAAUAACACAACCGUAUCACAAACCUUCAGAUUUAAUUUCAUGUAUAGAGUCACUGCAUGCCUGAAAAUGUUUUGACACUAGUCAUUUGUUGUAAAUACUCCAGAGGGGAACAGACAAUACUCGUACUUUCAGUAUACAAGCAAGCUUUGGAGUCUGAAAUGACAUAUCUCUGCCCACAUUCUGCUUGGUGCUUGUGGAGCAAUGGUAUAUGUGUGAAUGAAGCUCAUUUUGGUCUCAUUUGGUUUAGAAAAUGAGCAGAGUUUGCUACCCAUAUCUCAUGAUACUCUUGUGACAUUUCUUAUACUCCUUGGCAUUAAUUUACAGAACAGUACCAACAUAAAGCUAUUAAUUCUUAAACAAGAGCAGAAGUGGACAGGUCCACUGGAAGAACAUGUUGAACUGAAUGGUUAGAAUAUAAUUUUAUGUUCCAUGUAAUUUAGUUUCUUACUGACCAUUGCAUUCUCUCGGCCAUCUGUAAUCUCAAAAAUAGUAUGAAGUAUCAAUAUAUUACAGGCAGUACAUCCUGGAAAGUAUAAAAAAAUCUGAUUUAAUACUUUUUAUGUUUCUGGAAGUGUUCAUGACAAUGAUCAAAUCAAUAUACAGAUAUUAUUUUGGGCAUUCUCCAUUGUCUGAAGCAUAUUUGAUAUAAAGAACAUUAUGGAAAUCAGAUCUGUUUCCAUCAUCAGGUGUAAGGUGGGGGAAAGGAUGCUACUGAACUGGAUCCAUUAGAAAAAGCUGGCUACUCCAUUUGGAACGUUGGGAUGGAUGUGACUCAGUAGGAUCCUCCACUUUAUUCACUGUUGAAAGAUACUGUGUGUAUCUGCUGUGCCUUAGACAAUUGACUAUGUCUGGUACAAUAACCAUACCCUGCGUGGAGGCAUGUUAGAAUAUCUCCACCAUAGCCCUGUGACUCUCAGAAUUGUUGUGAAAACCAGAUAAAUCUAGCAGAAUCCUCAAAGGAUAAAACUAAAUAUCAACAUAACUAAGAAAUAAUUAAUUUAUUUAUGUGCAGAAAACAUUUGACUUUUCUGCACUUUACUUGAUAGAAUGCCGCUAAGUAGCAGAAUUUAUACAUUUACAAGACGAAUUGGAACCAUCCAACUCCUUAAUUGCACAUUGUGUGCAACAGUCAUGAGUCAUAUUUUUAAUUAUGAAUUGGUUGAAUUAAAUGUAUUCAUACAGAUAUAAUAUUUUAACUCUUUAGAAUAAGUUUGUGAAGAUACACUGUCAAAUUUCUAAUCAGCAAUCUGUUUAAGUUGUCACACCUGAGAUGAAACUAUGUUAUCGUGUCAUCACUCAUGUUUUCCUCUGAACUAGAGCCACUCUGUGUCACCCCACUUUUGAUAUGGUUUCUACUCCUCUCCUGUAGAUUAGACUACUGCUUUUUCUGACAGAGAAGCCCCAUGGAGCCCACCGCAAAAAUUAAAAUCUCUGCAAAGUGAACAUGCACUUUACUUCCUUAUUUCUUUUUUCUCACAAGAUUCUAUGCAGAAUGUAAGCAGUUUCUACAAUGGCCACAGGAUAACACAAGAGAGGAAGAACAAGGUGUGGCUCAAUGGCUUCUCUGUCUGUUAGCAGUGGUACCAACCUCAUAUAGGUUGGCACUUCUCAAUGCACUCUGGGGACACUUAUUGGUGAAUGUAGUGCGUACAGAUAUAUGUCUGCAUUGUGUUCCGUGGCCAUUGUAAUUUUAAUUAACAAUAAAUACUUAAUUUAACGUA